CCAUCUUAUUUCCGUUAGUCGUUAGUCGUUACUACCAGCCAUUGCAAUGAACCCUCCGAACAACACAGCUCGGCCAAUCUCCUCAAGGAGGGCCUCAUCAUGCCCCUUCAACGCUAUUCUUUUCUCUGUAGUUGCCCCCGUUUUAGCUGCUGUACUCCUUUUCCACCUCGACUCCUUCGACCCAGCUCCUUUCCCUUACCACGAGUUGACUCACCCACUGCCAGAGCCUUCGUUGAAGAAUGGUCGCCUUCUUCAAGGAGCAGAAUUUCUUGGCUUCGGGGAGUUGCCGGGAGCAGAAGAUAUUGCGUAUGACAGCAAAUCGGGAGUCAUUUACACAACUUGUGAAGAUGGGUGGAUAAAGCGAGUCACGGUGAAUGACUCAUCAGUUUCCGAUACGGUGGUGGAGAAUUGGGUCAAUACUGGCGGUAGACCCCUAGGGCUUGUCCUGGGGCGCGACAACGAUGUCAUUGUAGCCGAUGCCUAUAAGGGGCUGCUGAAGAUAAGUGCAGAAGGUGCAGUGGAGUUGCUGACAGAUGAGGCAGACGGUGUAAAAUUCAAACUCGCAGAUGGUGUAGAUAUAGCAGAUGAUGGAAUUAUCUAUUUUACAGAUGCUUCGUGCAAGUACUACCUUCAUGAUGUCACGUGGGACUUUUUAGAGGGUAAGCCUAAUGGUCGUUUACUGAGUUAUGAUCCUGCAACCAAAAAGACCAAAGUUCUGCUAGCUGAUCUCUACUUUGCAAAUGGGCUUGCAAUUUCUCCUGAUCAAGAAUCUCUUAUCUACUGUGAAACCCCUAUGAGCAGGUGUAAACGAUAUUUCAUAAAAGGAAAUAAAAAAGGGCACACAGAAAAAUUUGUUGAUAUGCCUGGAAUGCCUGAUAACAUUCAUUAUGAUGGAGGUGGCCACUUUUGGAUUGCAUCAGUCUCGGAAAUUACACCUUUCUGGAAGGUAGCAUUCAGGUAUCCUGUGAUCCGAAAGGUUGCAAGAAUUGUAUUUAAGUACAUUGUAAACUUGCGAACACAGAAGAACGCUGGUGUAUUUGUGGUGAAUUUGGAUGGGAAAUUAAUUACACAUUACCAUGAUCCAGGGUUAAUACUGAUUUCAAGUGGGGUAAAGAUUGGAACUCAUCUAUAUUGUGGUUCUGUCAUCUAUCCCUAUAUUAUCCGUCUGAAUCUGGCUGAGCAUCCUGCACAUGCUACCACAUGAGCUACAAGUCCAGAAAUCCUCCACCACUCUUCUGCAAAUGCUAAAGAAAUUUCAUAAAUGAUCUAUAAUUAAGACAUUUUCACGUUAAUGUUUUUCAUGCCUUUGGUGCUUGUAAGGUUAUAGUACGUUGGAUUUCUAAGCAUUUUCUUCAAUGUCUUAUCAAAUUUGCUUCUUCUUCGUCGUC